AUGGACUACUUUGAAAGUGAUCUUGUCAAGCCCCCAAUUCCUUAUAUCAAGGGGUGGAGAUUCAGUGCCAGGUCACAUACUACUCCAGCACCCACACCAGUGACCCUGGACGGAUGCCGCAAUUCUGACCGUGGGAGGGAAGAAAGAGCAAGUCUUGGUCCAGUGGCUCGGUGCUGCAAAAAUCCCCCGCUACCAGGGGAUCUCGGACAACAAACUGUCGAACUCGAGGUCUUGGACCCGAUAAGAGUCGGUGACGGACAUAGUGCACAAGUGUUUCAAGUCCGUGUCUUGAAUCCGGAGUCGAACACCGAGGUCUUUCAGAGGACAAGUCAAUUGGUCGCCAAGGUACGAGAUAUAUUACUUACCGACUUGAGUCCCAGGAAUGUUAUGAUGGUUCCACCGGGCUCGCGCCGGCAAUGCAACCUUGUGUUUCUGGACUUUGCUGGCAGUCUCUUCGGCAGAAAACUGGAUGAGCCGCUGCUAGCCGGUAGGGAGUUUUUCCUUGGGCAGUAUAUCUCUCCAAUUCUGCGAUGGAAGAGGGGCAUGAAGCUUGAAUUCGACGAAUGGAUUGACUGGGAAUGGGCGGACUGGGUCGAUGCGGAAUUUGCUCAUACCGCCCACACUAUCACCCCAGCGAUGCGUGAGAGAUACACCAGUUUCACUAUAAUGCAAACUACGAUGAUAUACACCAUUGACUGGUAUCGGGCGCCGAGUCUGGCCGAUUCGGGGUGUUACGGCAGGCGUAAUACCAGAACGUCCACGACAAGCCUUUCUGAAACCAUCUGA